CCGCCCAUGUUACUUGUAUGGCGCCCUAGCAUGAUUCCUGAGAUAAUUGCCGUAUCUGACUAUCCUAGCAUUUCCCCCUCACCCUCAACCAUCUCCCGGCUUUGCGCCUCCGAAUUUCAGCUAUCCUCCUCCGCCGAGACAAUCCCCUCCUCCCAGUGGACCUGUCCACGGAGCCUAUCCGGGCCCCCCGCCGUCCGUCAGCCCUCCUGCACAAAAUCCACCAGUAAACGACAACCAGCAGUAUGCGCAGCAACAGUAUGCGCAACAGAAUGCACUAGCUCACCAGCACAACAUGACAGCCGCUCAACAAAAGCCCAGGACUCCUUCUCUAUCAACACAGUCUCCUCCGCCGGCGGUGCAGUUAUACGGAGCCCCCGCAGCAGGGCAGUUUACCGGAGCUCAAGGCACCAACGAAGACAGCGUUGGAACUUUCAAUGGCGGAAGCUAUAGAAUCAGCCACCGCGACUCGAACUCUCUAUUGACUCUACAACUUGCAGUGGGUUGCCCGUUGACUGCGAAACCAGGUGUUAUGAUCGCCAUGUCAACAACUAUGACUUUGAGGGGUCACGUCUCUUUUGGGUGGAAAAAGCUUAUCGCAGGCGGCGAAAUGUCAAUGUCUCAGUACACGGGCCCGGGGGAGCUCUUGCUCGCUCCAUCGGUUCUGGGUGACCUGAUCGUGCUUCGUCUAGACGGUGAACAGGAGUGGAAGAUUGGGCGAGAUGCGUUCCUGGCCUCCACAUCAGGUGUGAAGCACAAAUACCAAGCUCAGGGUCUCGCCAAGGGUGUUUUUUCUGGAGAGGGUCUCUUUGUUUACAAGAUCACUGGAACUGGACUUCUAUGGAUGCAGAGCUUUGGUGCGAUUAUCAAGAAAGAUCUCCAGGAAGGUGAGACGUACUUCAUUGACAACGGCCAUCUUGUGGCAUGGAACUGCAAGUAUGAGAUGGAGCGAGUUGCCUCCGGUGGAAUCAUUUCCGCGUUCGGCGCUGGAGAAGGCCUGGCUUGCAAGUUCAAGGGCCCUGGAACUGUCUAUCUACAAACAAGGAACUUGAAUGCUUUUGCCGCCCAAAUGAAGGUAAGUACGGCAAGUGGUUAAGCAGCAUACCAGUAAAGGGGAGGAACCAUAUCGGCUCUCAAUAUUUUACUUGAACAGAGAACGUUGCUCCUUCAAGGCCGACAAAACUCGUGUUCUAUGGUGCGAGAUACGAAGCGGCCAUCUGUCUCUCUUAUAUCAUUUUGUUUGGUAGGGUGUUAUCAACGUCAUGUACAGCAGCGUUUUGGAGCAAGCCUCUAUCUCCUAGAAAUAUAUCUGAUUUGGGAAAUCAAUCCUAAAUUGUAUAACAGUACCAACAGAAGGGAGGCAUUGCGCAAGCACUCCCACCGACUAUCGCACCGAUGUGCUCUCCAAACUCCGAAGAGAAGCUACAUUAGCCCAUCUAAUCCGGCACAUAGGGCUUAGCAGUCACACGGUAUUGAAGCGUGCAAGAUGCAAGCAAGAUGAGGAAAAAUUAAGAGGUCAUAUCGGUCCAUUUCAUGCCAAACUGUCUCUAUCCUUCAAUCGUUCUCUCAUUUCAAGUUCCAUGCAGUGGAAAGAUACAAUACCAGGGAAUCUUUUUUUCAUCAACCAAAGUCCUAGUAGAUGACACGCCAUAAAGAAGAGAUAAAAAUAACUCCCUCCUCCACAAUCUAUCGAACCAGCCCGUUCCACAACCCCAUUUAACCGACACGCUUUCUGCGGCCGACCUGGCUUCGGAAACCGGUCUUGAUAGCGGCGACCGAGCGACGAGAUCCACACGAGUUGCAAGUGAUGAAGUACAGCCGGUUCUCGCCCUUGUUGAGCUCGGUAUUCGGGCUGCGGCAGGUCUUGCAGGUAACGUACUCGACGAUGUA